ACGGCGUAGAUAUACAACUCAUACAUCCAAGUGGGCCCCACGGUCAGGGUCUCACCCAUAUCGCUGAAUCCCAGUUCGCAGCCAAGUCGCAUCCUUCUCGGGGCAGCUGGGUUGUGGCUUCAAAAUCCUGGCGCCAGCUCUCCGCAGCACAACAACGGCCAUCCCUGUCUCAAGACUUUCAAACAAACACUUCGCGGGCAAGAGGAAGGAAGAAGGGAGAUAAUAGAAAAAGCAAAAGAGAGAUGUUAUCUCGCAUGCUCUCUCCAUCAAAGCUCAAGCACUUCAUUCCCCUCAUCUCCUCCUUGCACUCCCCUCCAAAACCCUUGCAAACCUCUUUCAGACCAAUUUCCUCAUCUCCUCCCACAAUCCCACCUUCCCUUCCCAAUCCACCCCCCAACUUCCGCAGCGAUGGAAGCAUUGAAUCGAUCCCAUCCGUCGCCUCUUCCGAUCUUCCCGUCUGUCCCGGCUGCGGCGUCUACAUGCAAGACUCCCACCCCAAGCUCCCCGGGUUCUUCAUCCGUCCCUCGCCGAAAGACCCCGACUACCGUAUCCGUGUCUACAGAACCCCUAUUGCUGACGAACCCGAAAUAUCGGAUUCCCUUAAAAGAGGUCAUCUGCCAGAGCCGGAAUUGCCCCCAGAGAGUAGCAAUAACUCUUCCCCCGAAAAGCCCAUCGUCUGCGCCCGGUGCCACUCCUUACGUCAUUAUGGCAGGGUCAAGGAUGCCGCUGUUGAAAAUCUGCUCCCGGAUUUCGAUUUCGACCACACGAUUGGUAGGAGGCUGGCGAGCGCGUCCGGUACGAGGUCGGUUGUUUUGAUGGUUGUUGAUGCUUCCGAUUUUGAUGGAUCGUUCCCCCGGAGGGUCGCUCAGUUGGUGUCGAGCACAAUCGAUGAGAAUUCUUCCGCAUGGAAGCAGGGGAAGUCUGCAAACGUCCCCAGGGUUGUUCUUGUUGUGACCAAAAUCGAUCUCCUCCCUCCGUCGCUCUCGCCAACGAGAUUGGAGCAUUGGGUUCGGCAGCGGGCCCGGGAGGGUGGGGCGAGUAAACUGACCAGUGUCCAUCUUGUGAGUGCGGUGAGGGAUUGGGGAUUAAACAAUCUUGUCGAGGAUGUUCGGGAGUUGGCAGGGGCCAGAGGGAAUGUUUGGGCCAUUGGGGCGCAGAAUGCGGGGAAAUCAACAUUGAUUAAUUCAAUAGGAAAGCAUGUCGGGAGGAAGCUUACACACCUGACAGAAGCACCAGUGCCCGGGACGACACUGGGGAUUAUUAGAGUUGAAGGAAUUCUUCCGGGGCAGGCAAAGUUGUUUGACACACCGGGGAUUUUGCACCCGUAUCAGAUUUCGACGAGGUUGACAAGGGAAGAGCAGAAGCUGGUUCAUAUUGGCAAGGAGUUGAAGCCAAGGACUUACAGACUCAAGGCUGGUCAUUCAGUUCAUAUUGCUGGACUCAUUCGACUGGAUGUAGAAGAAACAUCGGUAGACUCUAUUUAUGUCACUGUGUGGGCAUCACCUUAUCUACCACUUCAUAUGGGGAAAAUGGAGAAUGCAAUCACAAUGGUUGAAGCCCAUUUCGGACGGCAGUUGCAGCCACCUAUCGGUGAGAAACGGGUUGCAGAGCUUGGAAAAUGGGUGCGAAGGGAGUUCAGCGUUUCAGGGAACAGCUGGGAUGCCAGUUCCGUGGAUGUUGCUGCUGCUGGUCUUGGUUGGUUUGCUGUAGGACUUAAGGGAGAGGCAGUUUUAGGUGUUUGGACAUACGAUGGAGUCGAUGUUACAUUGCGCAGUUCAUUGAUCCCUCAUCGAGCACAGAUGUUCGAAGUCACGGGGUUUACAGUUUCAAAGAUUGUUUCCAGAGCUGACAGUUCUGUGAACAAGCAGCACUCGAGCAGAAAAGAGAAAAAGCAGAGUGACAGCAAGGAAACAGUUUCUGAUGAAAUGGUUUCUGAUGCUGCAUCAGAAUCAGCAGUUAGUACAGAUAGAGGUGCCUGAUAACCAGCUUCGGCAGCAGCAGCAGUGAUGGCUUACAACUUUAGCAAAAGAGGGGAGCCAUUUUUCUCUUCAGAAGGUAAGAUGCCAGUCCUGCAUUUCUCCACCAACCGCAAAGUAUCAACGGGAACUCUAGUUGGGAAGCCAGCAGCAGACCCAACGAAAGGAAGAGCUCUAGGAGGAGUUAAAAUGUAAAAGAUUGCAAUAUAACCGAAGUUUGAAAGGUGAAUUAGUUGGCAUUAUCUUCUCAACCAUGUUAGAAAGUAGGACAGUUCAAGAGCAAUGAUGAGCCUCUUGCUUAAUGGUAAGAUCAGCAAGGUUUAAGAAGAAACAUUCAAGUGAGCAUUCAGAUCUCAAGUCUCUGUUGCUGCUAUCACUAAAGAAGGCAUUUAUGAAUCCCUCAUUUCAGUGUACAAAGCCACAGCAAGACUCAUCUUGUAUGUGCUGGGAAGUUUUGUAACCAGAUUUUGUUCAAGUGCGCACGCGUGCAUGUUUGUUGCUGUUUAACUGGAAUCAGCUUUAGGCUACAUGCUCAUGUCCCAUCAACUUUCAGUACAUACCUAUGAAAAAUGGUGUCUGGUAAGUGGGUAAUAAUAUGAAGAGACACUACUCUAAUUGAUUUGUGUA